GUUCUGUAGAGUUUUGCAAAAUGGGAGUCAUAAACACCGCCCGAAAGAUUUGAAUAUUUCCUGAAAGAUGGGAACAAUAUUCUCUUGUUCAGUUUAUGUGUGUUUUACCUUUGAAGGACAGAGCACAAGCAUCUAAGCUUGCUGCCAUGACUUCUUCGCAUGAUGAGGUGGAAAAAAUAUUUGCAGACCUGAAGGACAUUUCACUGAAGAUACAACAGCUUGAAGACAAAAAGAAAAUCUUGUGUGUUUUCCAGGAGCUGAGGAAUCGUGCUGAAUUUGGAGAAACAGAGGAAGCAGCUGCUACCCAACAAGAGAUAAAUGACAUUGACAACAACCUGAAUAAACUCAUGCUAAAGAAGGCUGAACUACAAAAGAAAUGUGACAAUAUCUUAAAUGUAAAAGACAAGAAAAGCAAGAACGAUAUUAAGGACAGCUCCAACCAGGAUCUUUAUGUUCAUGUUUCUGACGAUAAAAUUUUCUUUGUUGAACCUCCUCCUGCUUACCCCGCCCCCAAUGUGAUUCUGGAUGUUGAAAAUCUUCCUACAUGUCCAACCAGGACACAGUGCCCUGAGUGCGGUCAGUUUGUCACAACGGAGACUUUCUCUUCAGUUAGUAGUGUGACCUGGCUUGUUUGUUUCAUGACAGCUUUGAUAGGCUGUGUGGCCGGUUGCUGCCUCCUUCCUUUCUGCAUAGAUAGCUGCAAGUCCGUCACACACCAAUGUCCAAAGUGUCGGACAAAAAUCACAACCAUCAAAAAGCUCUGAGAGGAGCAGCAGUUUGUGAGCGAUUGCUGCUAAGAAAACACUGGACCAGCAGUUACUGGUGUUUUAGUAAUUGUUAAAGGGUUUGCAACAUCAUCCUCUAUUAUGCAGGGUACGCUGAAAAUCCGUGUCUAGGGAUUUAUUUUUGUGAAUUCAAAAUUAAAUUCUUGGCAGAAUGGAUGUAAUGAAGCAUGUUUGUAAAUGUGCACAAUAGUAAA